GCAAGACGCCCGGCCGGGUCUGGAGUUUGACCAAGGCCGAUUCCGGGGGCCUCCCAGAAUCGGCGCAGGACAGGCUCGGUUCAAGAAGGCCGCAGCGGUAGUCAAUUUGCCCGGUCUCUUUGCCACUGCGGUUCAAGGCGCCAGCCAAACCAAACAGGCCCGCAACGAGGUGGCGAAGGGCUUCCAUGAUUUGGCGGUGGAGCUGAAAAAGGUAUAGGCUAGGUAGCAAGGUUCAAACAA